UGUUGGUGAACAUCUAACAAAAUCGAUUGGGAGAAAGGCAAAGGGGAUCGCUGAAAUCAAUUAGUCUGGUUGUAGUGGGAAAAGAAAAGAAAAUGAAAAUGGGUGGUGGGUGCAAGUGUUUGGUAUCGUUGGUGUUGGCUUUGGUGUUGAUGAGGAGUUUGGCGGAGGCGCAAUCGGGCACCAGCACCACUUGCGCCCAGGAGCUAAUUCCAUGUGUGAACUUUCUGAAUGGGACAACCACCCCACCAAGCUCUUGCUGUGACCCUCUCAAACAAACCGUGGAAAACCAACUGGAUUGCCUCUGCAACAUCUUCUUCAGCCCCGGCUUGCUUCAAAGCUUCAACGUCUCUGUUGAUCAGGCUCUCGCUCUCAGUCGCCGCUGCGGCGUCACCAAUGGUAUCACCAGCUGCACAAACGGGUCAGCUCCAGCUCCGGGUUCAGGGCCACCACCAGUCACACCUGGAGGUGACAAAGGAGGAGCAGGCAGAGUCACAUUCACCGGGCUUUCUUUCCUCCUCUUAUUUUGGGUAUCUAUGCUGUUUAAUUAGGAAGGUGGUUCUUUAUCCUUCGGAGCCUCUACUAUGUUGAAGUUAUCUUUGUAUUUCCACACGUUGAUUAUUCGGUGAUCAUAUGAUUGUAUUUUCUUUUCACUUUUUUUCUUCUUUAGAGACCUCUGAUUCAAUUGAGUAAAAAGUUUAUUUAAACGAACAUUCUUCAUUGUCAAAUUUUAGUUGGUAGAGUUAUUUGUGGUGCUUUUGGUUGCACCCUUUAUAUAAAGUGGUUUGUUGUUCUUAUGAAA